AUGGCCUCCAACAGUAUAUAGACAGAGGUUCCUGCACGAUCAUCGGUCGAUCACCUUUCUAGAUUCUAUCCCAACUCAAUCCUCCAUACUAUUGUCUUGUAUUGGCCCUUACCAUUCUACUUCAACAUGAUACCCAAGAGGAAAGCCCUCAGCCACGACGACUACACAAUCGGGUGGAUCUCUGCUCUCCCACUUGAGAUGGCUGCUGCCAAGGCGAUGCUAGACGAGUUUCAUCCGAAGUUACCACAAGAUCCCAAUGACUCCAAUAUCUAUACCCUUGGUUCGGCUUUCGGGCACAAUGUCGUUAUCGCAUGCUUACCAUCUGGAGUCUAUGCAAUACGGUUCGGUCUGAUGGUGGGCAUCGGUGGUGGAGCACCGAGAAAGGAAGUGGAUAUUAGACUUGGAGAUAUUGUCGUGAGCAAGCCGACAGAUACGUUCGGUGGAGUGAUACAAUACGACUACGGCAAAACCAUUCAGGGUGGCUCCUUCUUGAGAACGGGCUCACUCAACAAACCACCACAGGUGCUGUUGGCGGCAGUAUCCGAGAUCCAAACCGAGCAUAUGAGUGGACGCUGUCAAAUCCAGACAAACCUUGCACGGCUUGUGAAGAUGUCUCCAAAGAUGUCUCAGUUUACCCAUCGUGGACAACUCUACGAUCACCUGUACGAAGCCGGGUAUGACCACGAUGGAUCGGGUAGCACAUGUGACCAAUGCAGCAAGGACAGGUUGGUACUUCGAGUACCGCGAGCGUCUAGCGACCCAGUCAUUCAUUAUGGACUGAUUGCCUCCGGUAAUCAGGUUAUGAAGGAAGGAGUCACCAGAGAUCGAUUGUCACGGGAGUUGGGUAUUUUCUGCUUUGAAAUGGAAGCAGCUGGGUUGAUGGACCACUUUCCCUGUCUGGUCAUCCGUGGAAUAUGCGACUACUCUGACACUCACAAGAACAAGCAAUGGCAGGAAUAUGCGGCUGCUACAGCAGCAGCAUAUGCAAGGGAGCUUCUCUACGUGAUACCGCCUCUUCAGGUGUUCAGGACACCAACAGUCAGCGACAUCUUACGACACCCGGAAGCAUUGCUGUCUCCGUCGCUAUGUUUCUGGAAGUAAGUCAUCGACUCGCCGUCCGUCUUUUUGACACGUAUUCGACUACCAAGGAGCUGCCUGUUAUAUUCAAGGACAUUGCAACGCAGUUACCAUUAAUUGUCAGUGUUAUGGAGUGCAUCAAGAAGGACUGUGAGAAUGGCUCG